AUGCGGACCGGGAACUUUUUGAACGCACUUUUCGUCCUAGCGUCGUUGGCAUCGUCUCCAGUGAUGGGAGAGCCACGAGCGCUUCGACACCUGGCCAGCCAUUUCAGGACAUUAGCCGACAGAGACCUUCUUUCCGGGGAUUGCCUGGAUAUUGAUGGCAAUGCGGUCUGUAUCUACUUUGAUGCGGGGACUUGGUCAUGUUUAGUAGAGUGGAAUGGUGUAGCAUGUGAUGCAUGUGCCAUGUGCGAAAGUGGCGAUGAAUCACCUGUGGGAUACUCGUGUGAACUUGCGGCCCAGGCCGCUGGGGCCACUACAUGCCCAACUGACAUGGUCAAUGUAGGGUGCACUACAGAGGGGUCUGCUCAGGAUUGUUUUAUCUUACCCUAUGAAAAAGACCCAGCACCUCCUGAUGAGACUUUCUUGGACCCAUCCAACCCACCGCCACCAGCAGCAGAGGACGGGGGCACAUUUUUGCAAAUACCCGUGGCCUCAGUACCGCCAGAGCCGAGUUUGCAAACAAAACCUCCCGAAGUACAAACAGUGGCUCCCGACGUACGAGCAGCUUCGAUUUUAUUGAUGCAAACGCGUGCCGACCUCCCUGUCCUUCCCACAACACCUCCCAGCCAAACAGCUGCCCCCAGCGUCUGUGCAGUGACUGUCGCCAACACCGAUGAGACGUGCUCCCAAUUGCUCAAGUUUACCACGGCAGCCUGUGAUUGCUACAAUUAUUGUAAUGGUAAAUUGAUUGGCUGUCUGGCGUUUGGAGAACGAAGCUCCUUCAGCUGUGCAGGGGAAACUGUGGCGGGUUGCACCAGCAAUCAGGAAGAAACUGCCCCAGUAACACCUGACAAAGAGACACCCACCUAUUCGCCCGAUAGCCCCGUCUUCGUCACUCCCUUGAUGCCUAUUUGCCAGACGAAAUACAACAGCACGCGCACUUGCGGAACCAAAUGGUCUGCCCCCGAAGUCGACGGCUGUAUUGCCUGCUACAGCAACAUCUUGAGCGGAGUGUCAACUUGUGGUGAUGCAGUGGGCGCUUGUCAAGAUAUUCCAAUGCAGUGUGAAUGUGGAGACUGCAUUGAAGAGAUUUUGGCAUGGAUUGAGUGCGAGAGUCAACAUUCUUGUCCGGGGCUUCGCUGUAGUGGUAAUCCCCAGCCACAGGCUGCCGCUGAGGAAGACAAUGAUGGAGGCAAGAUGGUGGUUCUGAUUGUGGGAAUUGUGUGCACGGUCAUUGGCUUUGUAUUCCUCGUUGCUGGAUUCUACCUCUUUCAUCGAUUCCGCUCUGCGAACAAAGACGAGAGCCCCAAGGCGCAGACCAGUGCUGGCUCUGUGGAACCAACCCACACACAAGAUGUCUUGGUAGAUGAGGAAAAGUCCAGAUCCAAGGAGGAGAUAUUGGAGAGGGGCACACCGAUGCAAGUUUACCAAAAAGAGUUGCCAGUCCAGGAAGCAGCACCUCAAGCAAGGGCACCUCCUGCCAGCGCAGCCCCAGCACGUGGCAAUCACGCGCCAAUGGAGAAUGACCUGGAUAAAGCACCCAGCGACGAUGACUCUCUUUUUGAAUGUUGA